GUGGAGGUGAUGAUGAAGAUGAUAAUGAAGAUAUCUGUGUUGAGCUCAAAUACUCCAAUGUGGGCUCGUGGACAGGAGAUCAAUCUCCCCCUUUGGUGUGGCCAAGAGGAGCCAGAAUUAUGGCGGAGAAGCUCCUCAAGAAGUCCUCCCUCCCUGGGGUGAGCGUCCGACAGCUGGUAGAGGAGAUCCCUGAAGGAUGCAGCCCUCCGGACUUUGAGCAGAAGCCCAUCCCCUUGGCUCUGCAGGAGGGGAGAAAUGCCAUCUUCCGGGCUGUGGUCUGUGGGGAACCCAAGCCCGAAGUGCAUUGGCACUGCACCAAAGGCAACCUCAGUGACUCCAGUAAGUACCAGAUGUCCUCCACCCCGGGCAGCAAGGAGCACAUGCUGCAGAUCAACAAGCUGACGGGUGAGGACACAGACCUGUUCCGCUGCACAGCCGUGAACAUGUACGGAGAGGCCGUGUGCUCUGCAAGGCUCACCGUCAUUGAAGUUGGCUUUCGGAAGAGCCGGAAAAGGCACCAAGAACCCCAGGAGGACCUCAGGAAGGAGCUGAUGGACUUUCGGAAUAUGCUGAAAAAGAGGGCCCCACCCCCAGCACCAAAGAAACAGAUGGACUCUGAACAAGUGUGGCAGCUGCUGAUGACGGCAGACCGGAAGGACUACGAGCAGAUCUGCAGGAAGUAUGGCAUCGUCGACUACCGAGGAAUGCUGCGCAAGCUGCAGCAGAUGCAGAAGGAGCGAGAGGACAAAAUGGCGCAGUAUGUCAACGCCAUCUCCAACUUGAGACACAUCAAGGUCACCAAGGAGGGGGUCGCGGUGUUUGACCUGGAGCUGGAUCUCAAGGAUCCUAAGAGCAAGAUUUACUUGUAUAAGGAUGGCGAGAUGGUCCCAUAUGGCUUUGACAACCAGACCAAACACUGUCUGCGGCGGCUGGGAAAGCGCUUCCUCUUCCAGAUCCAGGAUCUGCGGCCUGAGGACGCCGGCGUUUACCAGGUCAAGGUGGAAGACGCUGAAGUCUUCUCCACGGAACUGGAGGCCAGUGCCGUCCCCCCCAGGGUGGUGGUCCCGCUGGCCGAGGCCCACUGCGAAGAACAGGGCGAUGCCAUCUUCGAGUGCACUCUCUCCAACCCCUGUCCCAACGCUGCCUGGCACUUCCAGCGCCGGCCGCUCCGGCCCAGUGACAAAUAUGAAGUGUGUGUGUCCCCUGACGGGCUGACCCAUCGGCUGGUGGUGAAGGGGGCCCGUUUCUCAGACAUGGGCCUCUAUUCGCUGGGCACCGGGCUCCACUCCUCCAGCGCCUGGCUGGUGGUUGAAGGUGGGAAGGAUAAAGGCCUUCUGACCACAAGUGAUGACUGCCAGCUGCAGGCCAGGAGAGGGGGCAAGGAGGGAAGGUCGGACUUCCAUGGUGAGGAGAGGGAUACCACCCGAAGUCCCGGAUCCAGAUACAAGCCCAGCACCGGUGGUUUCUCCAAGGAGGCCCGAGGCCCUGUGGGCCCCUAUUCCCAGGGUCUGAUGGACACAAAAGCACAGGAAGGGGAGGCCGCCGUGUUCUCCUGCACCCUCGCCGGUGACCUGGGGCCUGGCAGCUGGUUGAAGGAUGGAGUCAAACUCACCACCCAGGAUGGCGUCGUCUUCAAGCAAGACUGUCUCAUGCACAGACUCUUCGUCGCCCGUGUGCAGGGGACCCAGGCUGGGAGGUACACCUUUAUGGCCGGCAACCAGCAGAGCGAGGCCACCCUAACUGUCCAGGAUCCCCCCACCAUUGCUCCAGAUAUGACAGAGAAACUGAAAGAGCCACAGGUGGUCAAGGCUGGGAGGCUGGUGACAGUAAAGAUUCUCUUCAAGAGCCGCCUCCGGGUCCAAGCUGCCUGGAGAAAGGACGGGGCCGAGGUGGUGGGCAGCGGCAGCAGGGGAGCUGCGGUGGCCCUGGGGGACGGCUUCACACAGCUGUGGCUCCCCAGCACUGGCAGGAAGGGCUGUGGCCAGCACAGCGUGACCCUGACGAGUGAGGGAGGUUCUACAUGGGCCGAGCUCACCCUGCAAGCCAUAGACAAGCCCAAGCCCCCACAGGGCCCUCUGGAGGCGCAGGAUUGCCACGGGGCUGGCAUCGGCCUCUGCUGGCAGCCUCUGUGGGAUGGCGGGGGCCAGGCCACAUGGCACUAUGUGGUGGAGAGGCGGCAGGCCGGCAGGAGCACCUGGCUGAAGGUGGGCGAGCUGCCUGCUGCUGGCACCACUUUCACCGACGCCCACAUGGAGCAGGGCGGGAAGUGUGCCUUCCACAUGAGGGCUGUGGCCUCUGAGGGAGCUAGGAAGGCCCUGGAGUCCAAGGAGGUACUGGUGGCUCCUGAGGCUCUCCCCAGGCCCCCCUCCUCCCCAGCCAUCCUGGCGGCCUCCAGCUGGGGCAUCACACUGGCCUGGAUGGCGCCUUGGGGCCCUGGUAGCGCCCGCCUCCUGGGCUACCUGGUUGAGAAGCGCAAGGCGGGGAACAACACCUGGACGAGUGUGAACGACCAGCCCGUGUCCGAGAGGAGGUGGACCGAGGUGGACAUGCAACAGGGCUGUCAGUAUGAGUUCCGGAUUACAGCCGUGGCUCCCUCAGGCCCCAGAGAGCCUGGACCCCCAUCGGAUGUGGUCGUUGCUCGGGACCCCCUGAUUUGUCCCAGGUUCCUCAUGGACUCCAGCAAAAAGGACUCGCUGAUGGUCAGGGCUGGGGACACCCUUCACGUGCCUGUCUGCUUUGAAGCCACCCCCCUGCCUGAGGUGACCUGGAUGAAGGACGGCUUACCCUUGCCCAGAAGAAGUCUGACCACCACCAAGGAUGGCCUCACCCAGCUCCUGAUUCCUGCAGCUAGCCACUUGGAUGGCGGCCUGUACACUGUGACGUUGAGGAAUCUGCAGGGAAAGGAGGCUGCCUACAGCUUCCACAUUAAGGUGGCAGCAUGCCCGCAGGCGCCCGGGCCCAUCAGCCUGCAGGAGAACGUUCCCGGGACGGUAACUGCAGAGUGGGAGCCCUCUCCGGACGAGGCCCAGGGGGUGCCGCUACACUACACGGUGCUGACCCGCUCCUCCGCGCACGGGUCCUGGCGUGAGGCAGCAGACCGCAUCCACACCAACCGCUUCACCCUCGUGGGCAUCCUCCCCGGCCACGAGUACCACUUCCGUGUGGUGGCCAAGAAUGAGCUGGGCGCCAGCGAGCCCUCGGACACCAGCCAGCCCUGGUGCAUCCCCCGGCAGCGAGAUAAGUUUACAGUGAAGGCUCCAAGCUACCGGGAGCCUGACCUGAGCCAGAAGCCCCGGUUCCUGGUGGGCCUGCGGACCCAUCUGCUGCCGCAGGGCUGCGAGUGCUGCAUGAGCUGCGCCGUGCGGGGCUCGCCCCGGCCUCGCAUUACCUGGUUCAAGAAUGGCCAGAGCCUGGAAGGAAACCCUACAGUCUACAGCACCGACGUGCUGGGCGUGUGCUCCCUCGUCAUCCCCAGCGUCUCCCCUCAGGACAGCGGCGAGUACAAGGCUGUGGCUGAGAACAGGCUGGGCCAGGCUGUCAGCACAGCCACCCUCAUUGUCAUAGAAUCCAGCUCCUAGCCCUGCUGCACUCCAGGACAGCCCCACCCAGCCCCACAGCCACAGGAUGGAUGAUGACCCCGAAGCUUCACUCUUGACACCAGGGGAACAAACCCCAAGGGCCUGGAGGCCACUGACAGUGCCCAGGCCCCAUCGAGAUGGGAGUGAGCUGGCUAGAAGGACAUGGACUCCUCAGGAAAGAAAAAGAAAAGAUGGGCAUGGGGGGGUGUUCAGCCUCCUGGCCCCAAAGAAAGUCACUGGAUGGGGUGACACUGAACCUCUCCCUCCCUCACCAUUUGGGUUGCUUUCUUCUCCACUUCAGGAGAUUCACUGAGAACCUGUCUGCAGGAUGUAGGCCAACUCCUUGGUUUCCUGGUGUGGGCCCCAUGGAGGGAGGCAAGGAAGAGCUGGACCUGCUGUGACCACGGGGAGGGCAGAUGAGGGAGGUCAGAGGACCUGGGUGAGGACUAGGA